AUGGGCACAUGGAACCUAGGAAAGCUGGCAGGGGCAUGCACUGGUGGGGACUGACUCUUACGGGGGCGUACCAGGGGCGGACUGACAACUCAUGGGGCCCCUGGGUAAUAGGGGAUCAUGGGGCCCCUGUGUCCUUGCCCAAACUCAAAAAAGCCUAUAAAAAUAGGUACCAGGAGCAUCUCAUGGGGCCCCCUACUGACCCCGGGCCCUCGGGCAGUGCCCGAGUUUCCAAAUGGUCAGUCCGCCCC